AUGGCACAUUUCACCAAGCAAGAGCGUUUCGAAAGGCUUCUUGCGUUUAGGAAGGAAUGGGACGACUUGCACAAACUUGACCAGGACCAAGUAGCGCCCCAGUUCAUUUACUGGGCAUUUGAGCGCAUCCGGGGCAUUUUGCGGAAGCAUGGGCAGGAAGGUGGUGAUGACUCUGCUCCAGUGAGCAAGACGCGGUGGCAGCUGCUGGGCAGAACUGUUUGCAUUGGUGCCUGGAAGAGGACGAAGCAAUACAUGUCAGAUGCGCACUACAAUCUCACGCUUGUCUACUUCCCCUACGAAGUGGCAAGAGUGCGCUUGCCACUUGGACUUCCACAAGGAGUUGUGGCGAACAAAGAGAUCCCUGACGACUUCAAGCAGCAAUUGCUUAAGGCAUUGCCUGCGAUGCAGAAAUAUCGACUUGACGCAGCCGCCUCUUAUCUCGAGAAGUGGUUGACGGGCACAUUGGAAUUGGAACCAUUGUUGGACGUAUCAGCGUUCCUAGAUGGGGUUUAG